AUGCGUUGCAACAUCAAACGGAUAUUCACGCUCGCCUUUGUCGCCUUUGGCGCAACACUCGUCCUUCUGUCAUUACCUCGUGACAACUUUGGACGAGAAUGGGAUGAGGCUCCUCGAUCCAUUGAGCUGCUACAAUAUGGAGGAAAGUCGCCAGCCGAGAAUGCACAACGCUCGGCUCGAGUUGGACCCCAAAUGUCAUUCCAAAAGCAACCAAAUCCUCCUAGUUUACUUCGAAAAGAUACUGGUGAAGAUCCAUUUGUCUUAUUUGCAGACUUUCCGUCGCAUGUCAAUCGGGUGCUGUUAAACAAACUCUAUAGAUUCAUCAAAGGCAGGGAUCUUGAAGCAUUAUCGGCUAAAGAAUGCCAUCAAAAUAUCACUUUGGCCAAAUACUGGUUAAAAACGAAGCAAAAAUCUGUUCCAACUCGUGAUUCAUGGGAAAAAUUCUAUGCAGAUAUUGGUAGCUGUAGUGUAUACAGUAAUGAUCGACUAGUUGAUGAUUUACUUACGGACCUGAAUCAAGCUGUAAUUAAGGCUGUACAUAUCAUGGACGGCGGAACACAGGCAAAACUGGUGUUCACAUUCGAAAAUGAUAAACAAGCCGUUUUUAAGCCAAUGAGAUUCGGUCGCGAUUAUGAAUCAGAUCCGAAUCAUUUCUACUUCAGUGACUUCGAACGGCAUAACGCUGAAAUCGCCACUUUUCAUUUGGACAGGUUCCUCGGCUUCCGUCGUGCUGUUCCCACAGUGGGGCGAAUCGUUAACAUGACAUCGGAACUGUUCGAUAAGGCUGAGAAGAAGCUGAAGAAGACGUUUUUCAUCUCACCUGCCAAAAAUCAUUGUUUUGUAUCCCGAUGUGAUUACUACUGUGAUACAACACAUGCGAUUUGUGGUUUGCCUGAUCUGAAGGAGGGCUCGGUACAAGUGUUUCUACCCGACGAAGGGGUUGUGCCCCGUCGUCACAAUCGAAGCCCCUAUCGAAGGUUCAAAGAAUGGAACUCUUCGUUUUCUCUUGAGUUCAAUACAAAAUUUUCACUUUUGUUUUCUUUGUAUUUCCAAAUCGUGCGGGUUUCAGGAAAUCAGGAUCGUCAUCAUUACGAGUCUUUCGCCGUUUUUGAGAAUCUACCAUCAUACGCAAUUCACUUGGACAACGGACGAGCUUUUGGUCGAACGGACAUCGAUGACGACGAUAUUAUAUUGCCGUUACGGCAAUGCUGUGUUAUUCGGCCGUCAACACUUAGCACGUUGUUACAGUUCUACGCUGAACCGCAAUCACUGACGAAGACCCUUCAUGCGUCAUUGUCAAAGGAUCCGGUUGCACCAAUUCUUGCUUACAAGCAUUAUGUUGCCAUAGAGAGAAGAUUAGACAAAUUGAUGUCCUUCUUACUGGAGUGCUUCAAGCAGAAACCUUUCGAACGAGUGGUGCUCACCGAAUUUCAUAACAAAAACGUGGCCGAGGGGAAUGUCGAAGAAGAGGAGAAAAGCGAAGAAGACACAGGUGAUCGGAAAGACGAAAAACGAACGCAAUAA